ACAGGAAAAAUUCAUUUUGGAUAUAUUUACGGAGUGGCUUUACUUGGGUGGUUUUCUAUUUAUAUGAUAUUAGAUCUUAUGAGUGAAUCAGGAGUUGAUGGUUAUCGAACGGCUAGUGUAUUGGGAUAUUGUUUAUUACCAUUAGUAUUACUUAGUUGUAUCGGUGUAAUGGUUCCAUUAAGUGGACCGUUUGGACUUAUCGCUUCAGCUUUGGCAAUUAGUUGGUGUACAUAUUCUUCAUCUACAAUGUUUGUAACCGUAUUACAAAUGUCUGAACAACGUAUAUUAGUUGCAUAUCCUUUUUGA